AUGUCGGCCGCUCGCACUUUCCUUCGCGCCGUCCCUCAGAGCGUUGCCCGCCGUGCCGUCCGGGUCGCUCCCCGUGCCUUCAUCCCACGAGCCGCCAUCCCAGCAACGCGCACCCAGACGGUCUCUGCCGUCCGCUUUGGCUCCACCCUCCCGCCUCGUAACCCUUCGUUCACCCAGGUCACUGAGGACCAUGUCAAGCACCUCCGUAGUCUGCUCGGAUCAACUGGGUCGCUCAUGUCGACCCUCGACGGCUCGGCCUCUGUCGACGAGCUUGUGGCGUACAACGACGACUGGAUGAACAAGUACCAUGGCAAGAGUCAGGUCGUCGUCAAGCCCAAAUCGACCGAGGAGGUGGCGGCUGUCAUGAAGUACUGCAACGAACAGAACAUUGCGGUCGUGCCUCAGGGCGGUAACACUGGUCUUGUCGGUGGUGGCGUUCCCAUUCACGACGAGGUCGUACUCUCGCUCGCCAACAUGAACCAGAUCCGCUCGUUCGACCCCGUCUCGGGCAUCUUUGUUGGUGACGCCGGUGUCAUCCUCGAGACUGCCGACAACUUCCUGGCUGACAAGGGUUUCAUCUUCCCUCUCGACCUCGGUGCCAAGGGCUCGUGUCAGAUUGGCGGCAACGUUGCGACCAACGCUGGUGGCCUGCGUCUCCUCCGUUACGGUUCCUUGCACGGCACCGUUCUCGGCCUCGAGGUUGUUCUCCCCGAUGGCACAAUCUGGAAUGGUCUCCGCACUCUCCGCAAGGACAACACUGGCUUCGACCUGAAGCAGCUCUUCAUCGGCUCUGAAGGCAGUUUGGGUGUCAUCACGGGCGUCUCCAUCAUGUGCCCCCGCCGCCCCAAGGCCAUGAACGUUGCCGUCUUCUCGGUGGAGUCUUAUGAGGCUGUUCAGGCUGUCUUUGCCGACGCCAAGGACUACCUUGGUGAGAUCCUCUCUGCGUUCGAGUUCUGGGACCAGCAAGCGUACGCCGUCGUCCGCAAACACCACGAGGAGCACCUUGGCGGCGAACGCAAGGUGUUUGAGAACGAGGGCCCCUUCUACUGCCUCAUCGAGACCGGCGGCAGCAACGCUGAGCACGACGAGGAGAAGCUCGGCAACUUCCUCGAGCACGUCAUGACUGAGGGCAAGGUCAUUGAUGGUGUCCUCGCUCAGGACAGCGCGCAGUUCACCGGCAUCUGGUCGCUGCGUGAGGGAAUCCCAGAGGCUUGCGGCAAGUUUGGCUCGGUCUACAAGUACGACCUUUCCAUUCCUGUCGGCAAGAUGUACGAGGUCGUCGAAAAGGUCCGCGCACGUGUGCGCGAGGCUGGUCUCCUCAAGGGAGAUGGCUCGAUGAGCGACCCUAUUCGCGCGUUUGUGGGUUACGGCCACAUGGGCGAUGGCAACCUGCACAUCAACAUUGUCGCCGAGGAGUACCGCGAUGAGAUCGAGGCGGCAAUUGAGCCUUACGUUUACGAGGUUGUUUCCGAGUACCAGGGUUCGAUCAGCGCUGAGCACGGUCUUGGUGUUAUGAAGGCUCCGCACAUUCACUACUCGCAGGACGAGACGUCGGUCAAGAUCAUGCGCGACAUCAAGCAGCUCUUCGACCCCAAGGGCCUCUGCAACCCAUACAAGUACCUGCCCUAG